CUUGAAUCCAAUUCCUCCGUUGAAACCCAUUUCUCCUGGAGGGGACGGUGGUAUUCGCUGUCAACUAUCUGUUCUUGUACGGAACUGCCAUCUACUCUUGUCCUGUCACUCGAGUGGGCCUCAUCCACAUUCCCUUAACGCUCCGUCGCACGGAUUCCACCCCGUCAUUCCCUUGUUCUCCGGGCUACAUCUACCGUCGGCCCACUGGUAUCUAUAGUAACCCAUAAGUUCACUUCCGCCUUGUGUCAAACGUCUUCUCGAGGAGAUGGACGGCUCACAGGUCCCUGCGGCUCAGCCCAUGGUUACCCAGCAUUCGAAUCUGAUCCGGACCGACCAGGUCCAAAAGCUCCCUCAUCUCAACGAGCAACAGAAAAGUCAGCACACCCAGCUAGUGCGCAACUUUUGGGAGGUCCUCAACAAUCGCGACCCCCAGAGUGCAGAAUACCAACAUGCACACACGAGACUCACCCAGAUCUCGCAAAAUUUGAUGAAGGGCAUGCGGGCAUUCCAACAAAAUCGCCAGCUCCAGCAACAACAGCUUCAGGGCCAGCCGGUUCAGUCAGGUCAGUCAGGUCAGCGGCCACAGUCCGUCAACCCUCAAACUUUCAAUCAGCUGCUACCUCAGAUCCAACAGAAAGUCAAUAGUCUGCAGUUCUCUCUCCCUCCCAAUAUCAGCCAGGAACAAGCACAGUCAUGGCUUCCAGAGGCCAGGCUACGGUACGGCAUUGCGCUACAGAAGCAAGAGAUUGGAAGGGCGCGCAUAGCGGAGCUACGUCAACAGUUCGGGCAACGCCAAACUGCCGGAAAUAUGACACAGGAGGAGCUACAGGAGUUCAAAAACAGGCAGCUUGCGGCGGAAAAGCUUUUCCGGGAAGGGGGUGACUUUUUAGCCAAGUUCAAAGAGCAACAAGAGACCUUCAAAGCUCAGCAACAGAGAACAGGCGUACAGGCCGUUACAGGCCAACCACAAGGUGCUACUGUCACACCAGCUCCCACUGUCCCGGCCGGUGCUGAUGGUCGCCCCGCAAACACGCCCGUGUCAAUGCAUCCUGGACAGGCCCCAACGCCCGCCCCUCAUACUAUCACCUCAGCGGUAAGUGCCGCGCGGAGCCAAGCUGGGCAGACAGCCAUGUCACCAUCAGUUUCCCAACAAGGCCAAGUACCGGUUGCACAGGCGGCCCCGGUUGCCACCCCUGUUGCACCUGCCGCACCUCAAGCUGUUCCUCCUCAAGCACAGUCGCAGCCGCAGCCGCAGCCACAGCAGCAUCCACAACCGCCACCACAAGUCCAGUCCCAGCCAGGAGCGCCUGGCUCACAGGUUACCUUUACCCAAGUACCUAACUUGGACGGCUCUACACCCACGCCUACUACCGCCCAGCCAGUGAGCGUACAAGGUCCCCCACGUCCUUUGUCCCAGCAAGCUGCUAUGGCUCAAGCUGCUCAGAACUAUACGAACAACAACGCGAACAGCAACAUGGGCCAGCAACAAAACAUGCCACAGCCUGCAGCAAACUCGCAUGCACAUCCCCAAGGCUACAUUCCCAACAGAGCCUCUGAGAAUUCGGCGCGAAACAUCAAUAUGGCCAUUCCAAAGACCCUGAAUGUCCCUACUCCGGAACCAGUCACGAUGGCACCAGCGCGGCCAACCUUAUCGGGUGGCCCCAGCCACGGUGCUAUGGGUAUGAUGGGUCAACCUGCAAUCCAAAAGCACCCUGGGUACGUCCUUGAAGGUGAAGGCCAGCGAGUCCUGAGCAAGAAGAUGCUUGACAUAUUGGUUCGUCAGGUUACUGGAGGAGGAGAGGGAGAGGGACUUACGCCAGAUGCUGAAGAGUUCAUCCUCCAAAUGGCCGAUGACUUCGUUGACGACGUGAUUACUGCUGCCUGCCGUCUCGCCAAACUACGUCCAUCAUCUACGCUUGAAAUUCGGGAUAUUCAGCUCGUUCUCGAACGUAACUACAACAUGCGCAUCUCCGGAUUCUCUACCGAUGAUCUUCGCACCGUCAAGAAGCCUCAGGCCACACAAGGCUGGACUCAGAAGAUGUCAGCCAUUCAAGCCGCUAAGGUGACGCAAGGGAAAGCUGAAUGAUUCUUCUGCUUACCGCCUAUUUCCCAGACGCUUCUUUUCCCUAAUGUUCUAAGAGAUUGUCUUAACAACACUGUUCUAGCCUGAUUCCCCCAACCUUUUUAAUUUAUGGCUUUGUUGGUUGGCGUCACUGGGUGGCUUUUUCAUCACUUUCGUGCCUUUGUUCUUUUUUUUUUCUGUCCUGUUCCUGAAAUAUUCU